AUUUUUCUUCUCCUUCGACCUUCUUCCUUUUUUCUAGUUCUCUCUCUUUCCGUCUCUGUCUUCCCCCAUUUUUCUCUCUCUGUCUCCCUUCAGACACUCUCAGCUUCCAUUGCCUCUUCUCCCACCUCUGCCACUCCUCCAAGUUGGAGGAGCAGAUUGUGAGCAGAGUUAUUUCUCUUGAGAAGAAGAUGGCUGGUGCCGUUAGUGAUGAGGCUAUAGGGAUGAGGUCUGUGGAGAGUUUUGCAAAUGGGCAUCACAGUCAGUCUGGAGAAGCAUUGGCUGAAUGGAGGUCUUCUGAGCAAGUGGAAAAUGGAACGCCAUCAACUUCACCGCCAUACUGGGACACCGAUGAUGAUGAAGAAGAAGAAGAAGCUGGAACAAAACCUUCUGAAUUGUAUGGAAAACAUACAUGGAAGAUAGAAAAAUUUUCUCAACUUAACAAACGAGAACUCAGAAGUAAUGCAUUUGAGGUUGGGGGCUACAAAUGGUACAUUUUAAUAUAUCCUCAGGGCUGUGAUGUCUGCAAUCAUCUCUCUCUGUUUCUUUGUGUCGCAAAUCAUGAUAAACUCCUUCCAGGUUGGAGCCAUUUUGCACAGUUUACUAUAGCAGUGGUGAAUAAGGACCCAAAGAAAUCAAAAUAUUCUGAUACGUUACAUCGGUUCUGGAAGAAAGAACAUGACUGGGGAUGGAAAAAGUUCAUGGAGCUUUCUAAAGUAUUAGAUGGUUUUAUUGACUCUGACACUCUCAUAAUAAAGGCACAAGUUCAAGUGAUUAGGGAGAGAGCUGACCGGCCUUUUCGUUGCCUUGAUUGUCAAUAUAGGAGAGAACUUGUUAGGGUUUAUUUGACAAAUGUUGAGCAGAUAUGCCGACGUUUUGUGGAAGAGAGAAGAAGUAAGCUGGGGAAGCUGAUAGCUGAUAAAGCUCGAUGGUCAAGUUUUCGAGCUUUCUGGUUGGGAAUUGACCAGAAUGCUAGGCGACGCAUGUCUAGGGAAAGGACCGAUGCAAUUCUAAAAGUUGUUGUAAAACACUUCUUUAUUGAGAAGGAGGUGACAUCUACUUUAGUAAUGGACUCAUUAUACAGUGGAUUGAAGGCUCUUGAAGGGCAUACCAAGAAUAAGAAGGGGAAAGCAAAACUAUUAGAUGCUGAAGAGAUGCCAGCUCCAAUAGUUCACAUAGAUAAAGACACAUUUGUUUUGGUGGAUGAUGUUCUAUCUCUGCUCGAGAGGGCUGCUGUGGAACCAUUACCACCAAAAGAUGAGAAAGGCCCACAAAAUCGUACAAAGGAUGGUAGCUCUGGAGAAGACUUUACCAAAGAUUCCAUUGAACGUGAUGAAGGGCGUCUUACAGAACUGGGUCGUAGGACUGUGGAAAUAUUUGUUCUUGCCCAUAUAUUUAGCAGUAAAGUUGAAGUUGCCUAUCAGGAGGCAGUUGCAUUGAAAAGGCAAGAGGAACUCAUUCGUGAAGAAGAGGCAGCAUGGCAGGCUGAAAGUGAACAAAAGGCGAGACGAUUAGCUUCAGAAAAGGAUAAGAAAUCGAAGAAAAAACAGGCUAAACAAAAACGAAAUAACCGCAAAAGCAAGGAUAAAGGGAGAGAAGAACGGGCAAAUGUGGCUGCACUGAUCAGAGAACAAGUAAAUCCUUGCAAUGGGAAGGAGGAAGAUGCCAUAGUGGAUGAGGUGCAGCCCGUGCUUGAAAAGUCUGACUUACCUGAAGUUGUAUCGGAUGUCUCUGAUUCAGUUGAAGGGGUUGGCGAAGUACUUCAGCCUGAUUCAGAAGACAGAGAUGCCAAUGCUGUUAAUUCGGACACGGACACAUCAGAAGUUCAUCCUUCAACGGAAGCAAGUAGCAGUGGCAUUGGUAGUCUGUCUUCUGCACAAACGCCCUUAUCCGACAAGAAGCUGUCUAUCAUGGAUGAUAGCUCUUCUACAUGUUCUACUGAUUCUAUUCCAUCUGUGGUAAUGAAUGCGUCUUAUAAGGAGAAUUCCUUUCACAACUACAAAAAGCAGAAAUCACCUAGCAUAGGAAAGAAUCGGCAGAAGGAUGUAGUAUAUGAUCGGAGCUUCUGUGCCAACGACGUGGAUAGUCAGUCAUCAGUGAUUACAGCUGGCAUAGAAGACCAAAGUGAUGCUUGUGGUAGUAACAAGUCUAAAAAGUCUGAUCCUAUGGCCGUUAAUCAUUCUCCCCGGGGUAAAAUGAAAAGGGUCGAACAGCAGGCUGCUAAGAAGGAAGAAAAGGCUAUUUCGUUGCCGAAGGAACAAAGCUCUAAAAACCAGGUCGAUAUGGAAAGGAUACUUAGAGAUGCGUCGGCAGCUGUACCAUCCUCCCCUCAGAACCACCAGGAUCAUUUGCCAUCGAUUGUUGAACAGAGGUUAAGCAAUCAGAGUAUUGGUACUGUUGAUCCCAUUCAAAUUAAUCCAUCUUCCUCAACUAGCGUGGAGAAGGCUGUGCCUGUAACCUCAGCCUAUGUGGUAAGUGCAAUAAAAUCAGAGGCUCAGAAGUCUACAAUUCCAAAACCAACUGAAAAGGCUACCUCACAGCAAUCUCCUAUGAUGUCAAGGCCUUCUAGUGCACCUCUAAUUCUCGGUCCAAGAGCUGCAGCACCCGUUGUUAAUGUGGUUCAUACAUCCCCAUUGCUUGCUCGUUCCGUGAGUGCAGCUGGUCGGUUAGGUCCAGACCUUGCUCCAGCAACACAUAGUUAUGCUCCCCAGUCUUAUAGGAAUGCCAUAAUUGGAAACCAUGCAGCUCCCAGCGGUGCUGGAUAUGUUCAUCUGAGCACUUCAUCCUCAGGCGUGAGCCCAUCUUCAGCCUUCUCUUUGACAUCUGCUAUGGUUUCUUCACCCAUGUUUGUACCACACAACUCUGACAGGUCGGAUCUGAGUGCUGUUAGAUCGAAUUUUCCUUUUGGUAUGGUAACUCGAGAUGUCUUACCGAACAGUCCCCAGUGGGUAGAGGGUUCACAGAGGGAAGCUGUUAGGAGCAUGCAUUACAAUUCUUCUCUACUUGAUGAUGUUCAAGAUUUAUACAAGAAACAAAUUCGUGGUUCGACACAUGAACUUCUGUCAGCAGAGCUCUCAGCUUGUACAUCUGGUCGACAGCUCCAAGGUUUCGCUGAGGAGUUCCCUCACCUUGAUAUAAUCAACGAUCUUCUUGAUGACGAAAACAUUGUUGGGAUUUCAUCUAGAGACGGCUCAAUGUUCAACUCUCUUGGCAAUGGCCCAAGUCUGUUGAACAGACAGUUCUCUCUUCCUGGUGACAUGGUGGGGAAGGCUGGCGAUGUAGGGUCCUCCACGAGCUCUUGCAGGUUCGAGCGGACACAGAGUUAUCAAAAUGGCAGGUUCCAAUGGGGGUAUGGCUCUUCCAUCAGUCGUUACGAACCAGGCAUGGAUUUUAUUCCACCUUCGAGUCAACAACAGCAGCACUUAAAUGGCCAGAUUGAUGGGUUGAUUCCAAAUUGGCGCGCAGCUUCUGAUCUCUCUGUACUUGGGACAAGGUCUUUAGACUUUGAUGGUUACCAAUAUCUUAACCCAGAAUACUCAAAUAUGGCCCAUGGCAUCAAUGGCUACAGUGCGUUUCGACCGUCAGAUGGGCACUGACUAACGUAAGAAGCAAACAUGGCCGGAAUUUGCCUUGCCUUGCGUAGAGUUCGUGAGUACUAUCCACUGUAAUAAUGUACCAGGAAGUUGUUGGGGUCUUGGAUUUGGAGUGGGGUUGCUAUCCUUCUCAUAAGAACACAAUUUGUAAAGAGUGUUUUUCCCACCUCUUUUAGCCUUAAAUACAAAUUUAGUCGUGUUGUUGAGGUUUCGAUUACUA